AUGUCGGUCACCGCCAUAUCCGUGCAGUUUUCUCCCUUUGAGUUUUACGAUAGUAACCCGGCGUUUUGUUCUUCAAAUUUUGUCUUUCCGGAUACCAACCUCGAUCUUGCCUCGUUUCCCGACCCGUCACUGUCACUCUACGACACCGACCCAUCUGCCUUUGUACCUCUGCCCGCCGAUCUCGCUGGCCUCAGUGAUCUGGACUAUGCAAGUCUACCAACGGGGACUUCCAGUUCGCCGUAUGCGCCCGACUCGUUGGACUUGACUGCGAUUUCGACUCCUGCUGUUGAUGUGAACGACUCUAUGCCUUUUCUGGAUAUUGAUUCCUCGGGCACAGAUUCAGACACACAAAUCAACCAACGCCAAGUUCAAGCGCUGACUCCACCACUGCUCAUGCCCGCCUCGAGACCCCCGCCCGUGUCCAUUACUGCAGCAUCGACCUCUAUGAACCACCCGCCCAAGGAGACCCCGAACCGGGUUUCCAAGCGUCAGCUGAAUACCCUUGCUGCACGCAGAUAUCGCCAACGACGGGUGGACCGGAUGAACGAGCUGGAGGCGGAACUGGAGAAGGUGAAGCGGGAGCGGGACGAGUUGAAGAUGCGGGUGUCGAAGUUGGAAGGGGAGACGGAGGCGUUGAGGGGGUUGUUGAAGAAAGACAAGUAA